AAGACGCAGUAGCUGCAUGUUCACUCGCUUUGUACACCGACAGCAUAAAACGCUUGCUAAUCCAGUCCGUUGCUGCAAACCAGUUUUAUGGCCAUAGAAUUCCUGAUGACACUGGAAAGCUAUGGCUCUGCGUAUUUGCUUGACAGCAUGCCUGGUCAUCGUCGUAGCCAGCAGCCAGCGGGCGGCAUCGCCGUCCCUCGCGAAGCUGCCAAACAACUGUACAACGGACGAGCAGACAUCGGCUCAACAGUGCUUACAAUCCAUCGACACUCUGCUAAUGAAGAAUAGAAAAAGGUGCAAAAGCUGCGAACAGUCUUCGGAGGAACAGCCACCGGGGAACCCCAGCGCGACCACCAUGUCCGUUGUCGCUGAAUUUUUGUGCGGUCCGUUGGCUGUCGCGUUUACCUGUAUUGAACAGCUGCCGCGUCCAUGCUUUUCCCAUCUGGAUUUGCCAGAGAAAGUGCGAUGGGUUCUACUGAACCCCCGGAUCACAAGCAGUGUCAGCGACAUUUUCCGUCGAAUGUGCAGUGUUCCGCAUCUCGACCAACAUUUAAUUCGGAUUGGUGAAUGCGCAACAGCACUGGACAACCUCCCUCUGGUGCAAAACGGUAGCCUGUGGGAGGAAAUGUCUCGUGCAGUCGGACCACCCCAACCAAUUGCCUCGUACGACGAUUUUGAUUGGGAAUGCCGAGCGCAUCGCCGUCAACUGGAAAUCAUGAACCUGGAUCUGGUUACGACGACGUGUGGCGUGGACGCCGGUACUACGUAUUUCACGGCAAUCAAUUCGCUGGUGCGAGACGUACUUCUGUGUUCAGAGUAAUAAAAGAUUAGCGGACGGAAGGUGUCGUCGGAGUGCAUUGUUAACCAUUUACAUUGCUUGUAACCGAGCGGUUGACAGUAGCUGUGGCGGUAGCAUUUUGUAUCACCCAGUUAUACUCUGUACAUAAUCCACAAUACAUAAUCGUGUUAUAAAUAGCUGAAAGUUUUGCCGGUCUUAACUGUCUCUCUAUGGAAAUUCUAAAGUUCAGUCUAGUACUUCAUUUUAAUGCCUAAGCCUUGCUGACAACCGUGCAUGGAAUGCUGUAUGCCAUGUCAAUAAAUAUGCCUUGAG